AUGUAAAAAGAUGAGAUCAUUGAACUGGAAUUUAAAAAUGGAAUUUACUAAGGUUAAAGUGUAAAAAAUAAAUAAAAAUAAGGAAUGGGUGUUUAUAUAUGGAAAAAUGGAGAUGCAUAUUAUGGUGAAUGGAAAUAAGAUGAAAUAGAUGGUUUUGGAAUUUUAUUUAUUGCCCCAAAGACUUAAAUAAUAGGUCAUUUUAAACAAUCGAAAAUGGAUGGCAAAUGCAUUCUUUCAACAAGUAAAGGAACAUAUUAUGGAGAAUGGAUUAAAGGAUAACCAAAUGAAAAUAUAACAGCAAAAUUAUAAAAUUAAGAAAUAAUUGUAUAAUAUUAACAGGGUGUACCUACUAAUCUAAAAAAGAAACUGACUUCAAAAAUUUAGAUGCCAAUAUUGAACAAUAAAAUUAUAGAUUAAAAAGGUAUAUAAUAACUAGAAUUGAAAAAUGGGACUUAUUAUGGUGUAACUUUGAAAAGCAAACUCAAUUAAAUGUUACCAAAAGGAUUAGGAAUAUUUACUACUUUUAAUAAUUAAUUUAUCUGUGGUUAAUUUAAAGAUAAUAUCUUCAAUAAUGGAGAUUAAAACAAAAAAUAAGCUGCAGAAAUAUUUUAAGGUUAAUUGAAUAAUGGAGAAUAACAUGACAAAGGAAUUAAUUUAUUGUAAAAAGAUACAUUAUAAUUGAUUAAAGAACUUUCUAAAUAAGGAAUCUUAGUUGAUGUUUAUGAAAAUGGUACAUUCAAAGACUGUUCAUAAGAAAUAAUCCGUAUUUCUAAGUAUUAUCAUUAGUUCCAUACAAUAAGCAAGAGAAUCCUAUAUUAGUGCGAUAGCCAAUUAAUAAAAAUGAAAUCAAGCAAUUUGAAGAUUAAAUAAUAAAUUACAUAAAUAAAUCCCAUCAUUCUUCUACCACUGCUUCUCCUGAUAUGAGAUAAGAACAAAUUAAAUUAACUAGAAAUUAUUUCUCUAAUUCUCCUAUGACAUCUUAUGAAUAAAUUUCUGAAGCUUUAUUUGGAACAAAAAAGUAGGAAGAAUAAUAAUAAAUAUCAAAGCUCAAAUAAAUUUAACAACAAAAGAAUAAUCAAUUUUUAAAGUAUUAUAAAGAUUAAUGUUAAUAAAUUGAAUCAGAUUCAAAAAUUCAACAUAUUACAAACUAGAUUAAAUAACCUAAUAUAACUCAUAGAAAAAGUAAAACUCAUUUUAUUGAAUCUUCCAAUAACAAAGAAGAUAUAAAUGGUUAAGAAAAUAAUAAUUUUAAAAGUCCCUUUAAAAUAUUAGAUUUAAAAUACUUAUAGUAAUUAUAAAAUGAAUAGCAAUCGAAGAAAACUUUUUAAAAAAGUAAUAAUAUACAAAGUGAAAGUAGUUUUGGAUUUAAAACAGAACUAAAAGUAAAUUUAAAUUAUUAAAAUAAUUAGACUAAAAUUAAAUAAAAUUUUGAUCCUGAAAAAUCACUAUAAGCUUUUUAAUAAAUGAAAACUCACAAUUCCCCUAAUUUUUUACAAAACUAAUUUAAUUCUAAAACAGAAAGAAUUAAAAAACAUAAUUUGUAAUAAUCUAACUUAAAAAUAUAAAAAAAUAGCAAUAAAAAAAAAAACAAUUUUGAUGAUAAUGUUAUAUAAAUUAAAAAUAACAAAAUAGAAGAUUCAAAUAAAUCUCAGAGCUUCACAGAAAAUAAAUUUUAAACUUAUCACCCAUAAAAUAAUGAGUUUAGUAAAAUGAGAGAGUCAAAAAUAACUCCAAAUUAAGAAAAGCAUAACAAAAAAAUAGACCAUUAGUUGGAUUAAAAAGAAUAAUUAAAAACUAAUUAAUCUAAGAGAUUGAGCUCUAGCUAAUAGGAUUUGAAUACAUUUAAAUAUGAAAUAAAUUCAAAUCAGCAAAAAGGUUUUUAACGGCGUUAAAAGCCUAAUAUUAAUGAUAAUAAUGACUCAGAGACAUUAAAAGAAAAAGACUCUCCUAAUUUUGAAUAAUCAAAAAUAACUAAUAAUUAAUAAUCUUUGUUUUCAAACGACAUUCAAAGUCUUGAAAAUAUAUAAUAAAAUGAAAAGCCUUCAAAUACUAUUAAAAGUUAUAAUAUAGAUAAUUUUUAAUAAUAAAUUGAUUUUUUUAAAUGCAAAAAAGAAGCUGUUCAAUAAAAGGAUUUUGAUGACUUUUUUCAAGAUUAUUCAUAAAACUAAUUUUAAAGAUAAGUUAGAAGAACUAAAAGCUCGAAAUUACCUACAUUAAAAAAUCAAUUAUUUAAUUAAUCUAUUUAAAAUAAUGAAUCUUAAGUAAACCAUUCAUUUCAUUAAUUUUAAGAGUAAUUUAAACAAAAAGUUGAAAAUGAUUUUAAUAAUAAUAGUAAAUCAGAACACUAUUAGGGUUAAUUUAAAUAAAAAUAAAACAAUUAAGAAAUUUUAAUUUAAGAAAAUNCAAAAUAAAAUUUUAUUUUUAUUUUAACAAUAAUUAUAAAAUGAAUAGCAAUCGAAGAAAACUUUUUAAAAAAGUAAUAAUAUACAAAGUGAAAGUAGUUUUGGAUUUAAAACAGAACUAAAAGUAAAUUUAAAUUAUUAAAAUAAUUAGACUAAAAUUAAAUAAAAUUUUGAUCCUGAAAAAUCACUAUAAGCUUUUUAAUAAAUGAAAACUCACAAUUCCCCUAAUUUUUUACAAAACUAAUUUAAUUCUAAAACAGAAAGAAUUAAAAAACAUAAUUUGUAAUAAUCUAACUUAAAAAUAUAAAAAAAUAGCAAUAAAAAAAAAAACAAUUUUGAUGAUAAUGUUAUAUAAAUUAAAAAUAACAAAAUAGAAGAUUCAAAUAAAUCUCAGAGCUUCACAGAAAAUAAAUUUUAAACUUAUCACCCAUAAAAUAAUGAGUUUAGUAAAAUGAGAGAGUCAAAAAUAACUCCAAAUUAAGAAAAGCAUAACAAAAAAAUAGACCAUUAGUUGGAUUAAAAAGAAUAAUUAAAAACUAAUUAAUCUAAGAGAUUGAGCUCUAGCUAAUAGGAUUUGAAUACAUUUAAAUAUGAAAUAAAUUCAAAUCAGCAAAAAGGUUUUUAACGGCGUUAAAAGCCUAAUAUUAAUGAUAAUAAUGACUCAGAGACAUUAAAAGAAAAAGACUCUCCUAAUUUUGAAUAAUCAAAAAUAACUAAUAAUUAAUAAUCUUUGUUUUCAAACGACAUUCAAAGUCUUGAAAAUAUAUAAUAAAAUGAAAAGCCUUCAAAUACUAUUAAAAGUUAUAAUAUAGAUAAUUUUUAAUAAUAAAUUGAUUUUUUUAAAUGCAAAAAAGAAGCUGUUCAAUAAAAGGAUUUUGAUGACUUUUUUCAAGAUUAUUCAUAAAACUAAUUUUAAAGAUAAGUUAGAAGAACUAAAAGCUCGAAAUUACCUACAUUAAAAAAUCAAUUAUUUAAUUAAUCUAUUUAAAAUAAUGAAUCUUAAGUAAACCAUUCAUUUCAUUAAUUUUAAGAGUAAUUUAAACAAAAAGUUGAAAAUGAUUUUAAUAAUAAUAGUAAAUCAGAACACUAUUAGGGUUAAUUUAAAUAAAAAUAAAACAAUUAAGAAAUUUUAAUUUAAGAAAAUGAAAUCAGCUACAAUUUAGGUAUUCAAAAAAAAUCAUAGUCUUCAAUGUCUUAGGAAAUCUAAAAUAUUACAAAAAAACAAGAAAAUAAUUAAUAUCAAAGCCAAUCUAAAGCAAAGGAAUCUAAAACAAAAAAUAAUUUUAGAAAAAAAACUUCUAAGUCAUAGCAUUCAUCAUUCAUUCAUAAUGAAAAAUAAGGCAUUUAAUUUUAAAAUGAUAAAAGUAGUAAAAAUAAUUAAAUUACUUUAACUUAAGAUUAUAAUAAUACAAAAUAAGAUAUUUAGGAUAUUAAAUAAUAAUUAGAAUCGUAGAAAUAAAUACUUGCAUCUUUAUAAAAUAAAAUAUAAUAAUCUUAAUCCAUUAAACAAGCAGAAAGCAAAAUAAUAAAUGUAACAAAUCAUACAAAAUCUAAAAGUGAAUAGAUAAAUUUUAUUCCUGAUCUUUGCAAUAGCCCAAUAACAAAAAUAAUUAUAACAAAAGGUUAAUUUCCAGCAUUUUCAAUAAUAAAACCCAUCAUUCCAAUAAGACUUUGA